AUGAAGCGUCUAUUCUCCAAGUCCUCGAAAAGCCCACCGCCCGCAAAGCCGGUGACCGUCCCUGCUGUUCCGAAUCCGAUCGCAAGUCCGACCCAUCUGCAGCCAAAAUAUGUCAUCCCCCCUGUUCCCCAUCCAUUUCCGUACGAACAUAUCGCUGUCCUUGUAACGCGGCAGGGACUGCUCUUGCGACCGUUUGUGCCGGGACUGGCGCAUCCCGAAUCCCAUGUCCAGAUCAGCUGGGGAGCGAAACCUGUUGUGGAGGAGGUUCCUGGGGACGGGGAAGGCCCGGACGCGGACUGGUCCGAAUGUGUGGUCGUCUACGGGAUUGUAGGGCUCAUGGAGCUCUUCUCUGCGGCAUAUCUAUUUGUUGUCUCAUCUAGGUCUGAACCGGGUCCAUUGCUCGAUCCCGCGCAUCCAGUGUAUGGAGUGAAAGGGGUUACUGCUAUCCCACUAACAGAGGAACGGGCUAGGAUGGCUGUCAACACCCUGGCCUCGAGGAAUACUGCAGUAGCCAGGCCAUCACUUCUCCCCUUUUCUCCCGCAGACGAGCAAACGGACCCUAUCCAGGCAGAAUCCUCGGAAGUUAAGGGUGCGGAGUCAGGAUCGCCCCGCGUGAAGUUCUCUGCCGAAACACAAACGAAACUGAUGACCCCCCUGAACAAGCAAGAGUUUUCAUUGGAAGACGACGAUACCCCGCCAUCGCCGACAGAGUCAGGUGCUUCUACACCCUCGUCCGUAAUGUCAGAUAAUACCUCGGUCGCGAAGACGAUCGCGAAUCGACUAUCAUUUUGGAACCGCCUUUCAGUGCCUGUACUCCCCAAGAGGGGCAAUACUUCUGAAUCUAUUGACUCCGAGACUUCGCGUCUGACAUUAGGUGAAGAGGGCGAGGAAGCUCUCGAAUCGACUGUAAAGGAUCCGUCGCAGGAACCUGGAGAUGCGUUGACGAACAUUCUCACCGAAACCGCCCCUGACCCGACAUCAACUGAAGAAAGACAUACACAGCUAGAGGACAAGAUUAUUAAAGAGACCAUUAGAGAAUUCUCGAUGGGUGCUAUGUACUUUGCGUACAACUUCGACAUUACGAGAUCCCUUCAGCAUAAACAACAAGAGCUUGUGAAGGCAAAGAAGCAAAACGAGCUGUUGGCGAAUUUGAACGUCCUCGGUGAAGAUAAGCAUGGUAGCCCAGUCGGUGAUCGUAUAGAUGUCCUUGCUGAGCCCUACCCGACUCUGCCACUUUGGCGACGAGUCGACCGUCAAUUCUGGUGGAACGAAUGGUUAAGCAAGCCUUUCAUAGAUGCUGGGCUGCAUUCGUACGUGCUGCCCAUCAUGCAAGGGUACUAUCAGGUAGCAUCCUUCAACGUUCCGCGCGAACCUGUAGGAUCGGAAAAGGGAGAGUACGCUCCUGUGGACUACAUCCUCGUUUCUCGGCGGUCGAGGGAGCGAGCCGGCCUCAGAUACCAGCGACGGGGCAUAGACGAUGAAGCAAAUGUCGCUAACUUUGUCGAGACCGAGGCUAUCACGCGAGUGGAGCGCGAAGGAACGCAAAACAUAUUCAGCUAUACCAUAAUUCGUGGAUCUAUUCCCCUUUUCUGGACUCAACCUGGCUACAGCUUGAAGCCAGCUCCUGUGUUAUCCCCGGAGCGAACACAUGAUCAACACUUAGAUGCCAUUCGAAGGCACUUCCAGAAGCUGAUCUCCAAGUAUGGGCCAAAUACCAUCGUCAACUUAGCCGAACAACACGGCAAGGAGGCCGUUGUUACCAGCGCGUACCGGCAGUACACGUCCGAGCUCAACAUUCCAGAAGUACAGUACAAUGACUACGACUUCCAUACUGAGACGAAAGGGAUGAAGUACGAGAACAUCUCCAAGCUCAUUGACAAGAUGGAGCGUAUCUUCGAAAGUCACGGAUAUUUCUGGGUCUCGAAUGACCACCUUAUGUCGGAACAGAAGGGUGUCUUCCGUGUAAAUUGUAUUGACUGCCUGGAUCGGACGAACGUUGUGCAGUCGGCGUUUGCGCGUCACGUAUUAGACAGGCAACUGGGUGCAUUAGCUCUUCUGAACCCCGCGGAGGGCAUCAGAACAGAAACGGAUGUGGUCUUCAAUGACGUAUGGGCAAAUAAUGGGGAUGCGAUCAGCAGAAUAUACGCCGGAACAUCCGCCUUGAAGGGCGACUUCACGAGGACCGGCAAGCGUGACCUAGGCGGCAUGCUGAACGACGGGGUGAAUUCCCUUGCUAGGAUGUACACGUCGACGUUCAGUGACUGGUUCUGUCAAGCAGUCAUAGACUACAUGCUGGGCUAUCGCACACUCUCGGUCUUCUCCGAAUUCCUGCUGAAGCUGCAAUCCAGCGAUCCUCGCGACCUGAUCCGGUUGUCAAAGAUCCGUGCGGAGGCUAUCGCGACGUCUGUGUCUCGGGUGUUGCUGGAGGGAGAACGUUUACUCUCAGGAUGGACCUUAAUGUCCCCGCUGGAGCUAAAUGCGAAAAUAAGUCGAACCUUUGAAGAGAAGGUUGUCCUGUUGUCUGCGAGGGCACUGUACAUAGUCAGCUAUGAUUAUAGCCUUGGCAAAGUCAAGAUGUAUACUCGUGUUCCUCUUGGGGACAUUACCAAGAUCAGCAAAGGCGCAUACAUCCUGUCACCGCUUGAGGAAGCCAGCAAAAACCCUCUACAAAAUGCGGGGUUUGUAGUGACAUGGCUGAACAAUAAUCAAGACACUCGCGUUACAAGCUACUCGAUACGGAAUAGUAUCGAGACAUUGUCUCCUCCAUCAUCUCCUAUCACCUCCUCCCCAGGCAAGUUACCAAGCUCGCUGAGCUCACCACGAAAGGGAUCAAAGCUGUCCAGGGUUUUGUCCAACGCUGCAUCGGACGGCUCUAGUGCGACCAGCUACGCAGCCUUCAAAGUGCUGCCUCUAGACCCCGCACGAACACGGAGAGGAUCGGGGAACUUCGAAGAGCCGGCCGAUGACCUGACUGGCGCUACAAACUGCAAGGAGGCUGUUGACUUGAUAGUUGACGCCAUCGAACGAGCCUGCAAGGAUGUGGGUAAUACCCACGACAGUUUCGUGGUAGACGAGGAUGUCGUGAGUCUGGCUGAUGCACAGAAGAUGACAAGUGUAUACUCGAAGAUGGAGUAUGGGAUUAAGAGGUUGUUGUGGCUAGGCGCUGGUACCUAGAAGCACAUCUCAUCACUCUCAAUGAACUCACUUGCAUCAUGGACAUGUACAACUUUGCAGCUGUCGAUUAUACCAGUUCGAGUCCAGUGUAAUAAUGAGGAGGAAUAAUUUACAAAGGAGGGAUUCCAUUGCACGGAAAGUAAGAUGUCGUGGAAUGGAUUGGGCGCGAGGUCGAAGAAGUGCGGUACUUAAGACAGACAAAUAUCCGAAAGAUGAUGUAAGUGGUGAAAGAGUAGUACAGUGGUAUGAGUGAGGUCCGAAUAAUAGACACAAGCAAGGUAUAAACCGUCCCGAAACGGAGCAAACGAAACCGGAAAUCCGUGGACCGAAACCCAAUAUCUACCUGGCCAGUGGAAGUUUCGAAGUCGAUGCCCGACCGGCCAAAGGCAUGAAUACUGCCCAUUACCGCAGUCCGCUGCCACCCAAUUGGGCUAAAUCUAUAAAGCGUGUGGUUCUCUUCAUGGCCCUCCUCUCUCUCUCGUCGUCUUCGUCCUCGUCAUCCUCACUAUGGCCCAUGAAGGCAUGACGCUCGCACAACAUCCUUCCGUCGACUUCGUAAUAUUCCUCCAAACGCUCCGUGCAGCCGCGAGGAUGUUCGCAAAGCAGAUGCUCAGGAUGGUACCUGUCCCCAGCGUGCGAGACCGCACAAGGGCCUUCGAUAGGCUGGCCGCAAGUGGCUGCCGCGCAGAGCGAGUCGUUGGCUUCGUGGUAAUGAUACGCGCAAAAUGGCUUGCCGUCGAAGACAUAGAAAGUCUUGUCCGGAAAGGGUUUAUGACAAGUAUGGCAAUUAAAGCAUUCACGGUGAUAUUUGCCUUUCAGCUGGCCAUCCGAGGAAGAGACGGCGUGUUUCUCAAUCGGUAAGUUACAACGACGGCACUUUGGUAGAUACAUGUUCUUCCAGCACCUCUCACACAUCACUUUACCCAUAUCCAUCCUCACCCACCGGCCAUCAUCGAUCCUCCUCUCGCACCGCACGCACACCCGCGUCUUCCUUUCCCUCUUCUUGCUGCUCUCACCAAGCGCAUGCGUAUGCAGCGUCGGGCUGGUAUGGCUCCGCGUGGGCAGCUUCACUGCAUUCACGCUCGACCCUCUGUUCGACGUCGUAUUCGACUUCGUCAACCCAGGCGCGACCGCGUAGGACGUCGACG